UUCCAGUGUGUGUUAAUGUUUAACUCAGCCACCAGCCUUCAGUUACUGGGCGAGUUGGUGACAGACCACGGAGACUUCUUUCUCUGGACGAGCCCGCCAGAAUGAGGUCCCACUGCAAGGCCGCUCCGAUUUCGUGUUGAACCCUUGUAAAGCGAAGGUGUGCAGUCAGCGAGUUCGCGCCGCGCUAUGGCGAAUUUUCCUGAUAAAGUGACCACGCAGACUGGUGCGGGGACUGGCAGCACCGCACACGGAACCAGGCUUUGUCCAGUCGGAAUCGACACAUAUUUCCUCAAAUCCUUCUUGGGGAUAUUGAUGAUAGUGGAAUUAAUGUUUGGCUUGUUGGUGUGGGCGCUGAUUGCUGGUUCAAGAAUCUCGAAGGGUGACGAAGCGUUCGGAUGGGUGAUAUUUGUGGCCAUCUUCCUGUGGAUUCUCACCUUAAUUUUCUUCCUUUUCUACCUGCUGAAACUGCCUUCAAAACUCCCAGUGAUGCCGUGGCACCAUGUGCGGCUCUAUUUUAAUUUGGGUGCCACAGUUCUGUAUUUAACUGCCUUCAUCACUAACGCAUCCUCAGUGGACCCGACAUCCAUUCGUGGGAGCUACAAAUACAAUAACAGAGCAGCUAGUGCGUUCUUUGCAGGAGUGGUGAUGAUUUCAUAUGGACUGAGUACUUUCCAUUCCUGCCUAUGCCUGUACAGAAGUCAGGACAACGCAGCAACAAGUCAGACAACUGGUAAUAAUUCAGCAUAAUCUCACUUGUUGAAUCAUUUGUUACCCGCUUUCAAAAGCCCAAGCCAAGUGUGUUGUUUUAGCUCUAGAAACACUCUCAGCUCUAGCUCCACAUGCAUCCUGGUUAAAGGUUGUAAAUUCUCUGCUGUUACCAAGGAUAAGCAAAUUUAUUGUAUUUUUUAACUUUUAAAUUGCUUUGAUUUCACUUUUGGGAUUAUUGCAGUUUUUCUCAAAACCUGAUGUAUUUUCCACACAAUUUUCAGUUUUGCAUGUUACAUGUCAGCCAAUUACAGCUGAAGCAUCCUACCAGCAAAACAGUCCUGAGCACGGAUUACAAGUACGAUUAGUUAAGAAAUGAUCAGCAUUAUUAAACAGAUAAAGAUUGCAGGCGCUCAACAGUACAAGCAAGAACUUCCAGACUUAAUUGUUAACCUGUGCUGAUUUGGCUGAGGAGGCAUUUUAGGUGGACCCUAGUAUGUUACCCUUUUGAUUGAAUACAGUGCCUGCACCUGGCACUGCAAGUUUCUACCUAUAAAUGUAACUUGCACUUCAGCAUCAGUACAAAGUGAGAUUAUAUUGAAAUCUGCUUUCCCAAGGGAACGGUCAUAAUUAUUGUUUUUUAAAGUUAAUGGAUUUGCAGAAAGGAGGUGAGGAUGUGAGGAUGUGAGGGAUGAGUCUUGUCUUUGCUAUGGAGUGCACAGGCCAGAUUCAGAAGUUGAAUUUACUGAGACACCUGAAACUCUGUACAUGCCCCAAGGCUACAAAUGGCAUAUCACCCAGGGAACUUCAACAAUCUUAACCAAGUGACUUCCCAGAGGAAUAAUGGGAAAACAAAAUAAAACACCUAACAUAGAAUAUAGUGAUGUCGACUGAAAGCUCAGCCAAAGUAGUGCCUUGAAACGAGGAGAGCGAACUUAAGUAGCAGAUGGAAUGAGGAAUGGAAUUCCAGAACAGUGGAUCUUGGUGGUUGAAGAUAUGUCUUCUAGUAUUAAUAAAGGGGAAGAGGAUGAUGAAGAAGCGAGAGGUAGAGGAAUGGUGAGAGAUUAAGCCAUGUGGUUGGAGAAUGCUCAAGACUCAACAGUGCCAGAGUUGUAGGCAUGAGCAACAGUAGGAGGGAAAGAAGUGGUAUUCAAGCAUUAAACUGCACACUUGUGCCUUUCAUAACAAUUAGUGGUUGGUUAAGAAAAAAUAAAUGACUCAGGAAUUACAACGACAAGCUUUCAAAAUGGAUCAUUCCCCCCCCCACCAUAGUUUAAUUUUGCUUAUUUAAAAUCUAAAGAACCAUUUUUAUCUUAAAUCAAACUGAAAAUAGCAAAGGAGAUUGUGUGGUUAUUUGGUAGAGAUUAGGGUUUUUAUUGUGUAUAUUUGUAUGCUCCACGACCGCUGGACUAAGUGUGUAAAUGUAGGAGGGGACUAUGUUGAAAAAUAAAUGUGCUAGGUUUUCUAAAGUGGAUUUCUUCUACCUUAAGCCACGAACAUAUCAAUCACCCCUUGUAUUAAAUAAAUGAACUAUACUGUAUUUAUAUAAAGUUUCAUCCAUUAAUGUACUGAAUAAAAAUCAGUGAUCUGUACCAAUCUUCCAAUAAAUGAAAUUAGAA